AUGUCAAAAGAAAGCAAAGUCACCACCAGGCCAGCAACCUACGCAGACCUCGUCCCAGCAGCAAAAUGUCUACAACGAGCAUUCCAAAACGAACCCUUACACGGCGACAUCCUCCACCCCAUCCGCAAACAAUACCCAGAUGACAUGUACCUAUUCUUCCUCUCCAAUCUCCGAGUCCAAUACGUCAGCGGUCCCGACGUCCACCUCCACGUCGCCACAACAACCGACGCCACCGGCAAAGAAGUCAUCACAGGCGUCUCCCAAUGGCGGCGAGUCCGAGCGAGACCCCACCAGAGCCUCUACACCACCAACAUGAUGAAAGCCAUGCAAAACUACAACUACCUCGAAUCUUUCAUCUACCCCAACCGCGCCCUCGACCCCUCCAAACUCGGCAUCAUGGCCGACAUGUGGCCCUUCAUGGCGCACCACUGGACGGGGACCCGCGCGGAAGUCUGGGACUUGUCGACGCUCGGCGUGGAUCCGGCGUAUUGGAAACGGGGCAUCGGAAGGGAACUUGUGAAGUGGGGGAUGGAGCUGGCGAGAAUGUAG